UCCCUUGUGCAAGUAAUGAAGCCCACGGCCGGGGGGUCAUCAUCAUCCGACACGACCCAUAAUAUUGAAGCUGAAGUGCUCGCUGAAUUGAUGGGCCCAGAGCGUUAUGGUCGAGUGAGGGGUUACGGCGUUGGAGUUACCCCCACUCAGUUGUCUUCAGUGGGCACAUAUACAAGAAAUGCCAGAGAAUCUAGUAACACUGCAGAAGUUCGUCGGCUUCAAGCAACUAUUGAUGAGUUGAAGCAAAACCAAGCAAAUUUGCAGUCUCAGCUUACGAAUAUUUCUUCCAUGUUACAACGGUUUCUCCCUUCUCAGAUUCCUGAUACUUCAAACGCUAGUAGAGAUGAUGAUGGAGCUGAAUCCCGUCCCUGAUGCAUUCUAGAUUAUCUUUUAUGAGUUUGAUAUGUAUAU